AACGACCCCACCCAGCCGUGCCCCGGAUGUGCGUACGCUUCUUCCCUGACCAACACGUACUCACUGCGCACAGCGUUUCCGGGGCAACCUUACCGCUUUCCGGCUUUGUGCAUCUAACCCGCUGCCCCAGUCAUUCUCUUCCUCUGCCACGCCAACAGCGGCUGCCUGUCAUCCUUACAUCCGGGACAUUGCCGCGGUGAGUGACAGCCGGGAGUCGGGGGUUUAGCGCGGUGACAGAGAUAUUCGGCCCGGGCUCCGUGCGCUGGUUCUUGAGGCUGUGGAAAGGGACACAAUGUGGAGGCUGCAAGGUCUAGUGAAGGAGUUCAGGUGGUGGUCCUUCCUUUCCUUCGUGUUGUUCAGUUUGGGAUGUGUCAGAGCCUCAGAACUCACUUUUGAGCUGCCUGAUAAUGCCAAACAGUGCUUUUAUGAGGACAUCACUCAAGGGACCAAGUGUACACUGGAAUUCCAGGUAAUCACUGGUGGGCAUUAUGAUGUAGACUGCAGACUAGAGGAUCCUGAUGGAAUUGUAUUGUACAAGGAGAUGAAGAAGCAGUAUGAUAGUUUUACCUUUACCGCAACCCGCAAUGGGACCUACAAGUUCUGCUUCAGUAAUGAAUUCUCCACAUUCACACACAAGACAGUCUACUUUGAUUUCCAGGUUGGAGAUGACCCACCCCUAUUUCCAAAUGAGAACCGUGCUACUGCUCUUACUCAGAUGGAAUCUUCCUGUGUUUCCAUCCAUGAGGCACUGAAGUCUGUAAUUGAUUACCAGACACAUUUUCGACUGAGGGAGGCACAGGGCCGCAGCAGAGCUGAAGAUCUGAAUAGCAGAGUAGCCUAUUGGUCUAUAGGAGAGGCUAUUAUCCUCCUUGUUGUAAGCAUUGGACAAGUAUUCUUGUUGAAAAGCUUCUUCUCAGAUAAAAGAACCACUACAACUCGCGUUGGAUCAUAACCAAUGUUUCUCAGGAUGCUCUGCUUACGAUACUAUUUGCACCCAACUGCAAAGGUUUUUUUCUUUGUUGUUUUUCCUGGUUACCUGUAAGUAAAGAACUGUAUAUAUUGGUAAAACUAUAUUUUACCUUUUAGACUCCACUGUAGCUGACCCUUUAAAAAAAAAAUGAAAAAAAAAAAAGACAAUAAAAUUUAAAAAAAAAAUUAGAUUUUUGGAGAGGGUGGUAACUUUUAUUUGAAAUGUUUUUGGGAUGUUUUUUUAUUUUUAAAUUUUGAUUUCCAUGUUAAACAUUGAACUCUAAGGUUAAUAUAUUGUCCAUUUCUCAAGAAUACUCAUGUCUGCUCUUUAUUUAUUAGUCCCACAUACUCAGAAAAUAGGGUUAUUCACAUCAUAGUAGCAGUUUUAAUGUAAACUUUUCUCAUUACAUUUCCCUAAAGCAUCCCAUUGUCCAUAGACGAGAGCUGUGCUGCAAUGAGGCUUCUGAUAGUGACUGCAUUGCAUGUUGCACUGAACAAAUGGAAACACGUAUGUUAUUCAUUCUGCUCUGCGAAAUAUAUGUCUCUUAACAAGAGGCUUGCUCAGGCCCCAAUAACAGUGCAUGUCUUCUUUUAGCAGUGACAUUUCCUUCUCCAGGAAAACAUUUUUCACAACUACUGUCAUGCGGAAACCAUUUACUAAAUAUCUGGGUUUAAGCAUUAAUAUGGGCAAGAGAGAGAGACAUGACUUGCACAGAUUAUUUUUUAAGGAAACUAGAAAGUAUUUUACCCAUUGUGAAAAAUAUAGCCUAGAGUUUGUCUUUUGAUAUGGGAAGAAAUAGCUUAUUUUUAUUGCAGUGCUUCAUGGGAAUGUUCUUUUUUGUGCUCUUUGGGGCUGUACAUUUAGGUUCUGUUCAGUCCCUGUACCCAGCGAGCAGAGCUGUAAAGGUCAGAGCCACUGAGAGAAUAUAAGGGAAAAGCAGUCAGUGGCAUUAUUAGAAAGGUUUCUUUUUGUGCUUGUUGAUAAGGGUUAAUAACACAUUUAAAAAAAAAGAAAAAAAAAAGCGAGUCUCUAUUGCCUUUCACUACAUAAGAAAAUAACUUUAAAGAGGGUUUUACAAUAUUAAAUAGAAAACAUUUUCUUUCAAGUUUGGUAUUUUGUUACCAUAAAUAGCUAUAAAUGAUGCACAAGAAUUGCCGCUAACCUGAAACACACACACUGGGGCUGAUUUAUGAACAUGAAUUGAACCAGUGCAAGCAACCAAUUGGAUCUUUGCUUUCAUUUUUGUACAUUGCAGCAGACUGUUCCAAGCAAGUUGCUAAUUGUUUGGUAUUGGUAAUUGCACUUUAGUGUCUCUGUGGAAAUGAGCCCUGCCCUCUUUGAUUUCAUGAUCCUGUACCCAUUGUCCAUGUUGGCAGUAUCAGUUCCCUUUGAGUUUCAGAUCUAUAUAAAGAUACCAGUUGCAGUUAGCUUAUUUAAUAAAUCAUCUUAACCUUAGAACCCAAGUUUUCAUUUCCAUUGCUGGACGAAACCACCUUGUUGCAUUCCCUUUAUCCAGUAUGAUUUGCAUAAGAGCUGAUACAUAAACUUCUGGCUGUUUCUUUGUUGGACCAAACCUAUUUCUCUGAAGAAAUGUUUUGUUUAAAACCACUUCCCACAUGUUGAAAUAAAUGUAAGCAACACAAUAAAGUUGCCCAAAAUUCUCUGCAGCGUCCCUUAGAAUCUUCCAUCAUUUAGCCAAUUAAGCAGAUGUUAGCUGAGACUCUACCUGGUGAGUGUAACAGAGUAUUUGCACAGGAAACCCAAGCUCAGGAUCUGCACAGUUGGCCUUAGCCGGUGCAGUACAUAGGGCUGGUGGCUGCACUGUAGUCUAUGGCUGUUAACCUUCAUGGAAUGUCAGCAGUGUGGAUACUGGCACACCUACUUCUUGCCCCUCCAUGAAUGCUGUGCCAACAUGUAGGUUUCCCUCCAGAGCAAGCUUAGCAACACUUCCAACCUGGCUUUAGGAAGGUAUUAGCAAUGAGCAAAUUAGUUUCUAUGAUAAUUAUUCCCUGACUAUUUUAUAAUCUUUAUCAAGAGAGAUUUUAGAGUAAGUGGAAAUUUAUUUGUGCUAAAACCCAACAGCUGUUAUGUACAUACUCAGUAUAACAUUCUAGGGACUUAUCAAUGUGGCAUUGUGUGCCAGUAGCCCAGCUGGUAUCACUCACCUCUUGCUCGUAUCUCAUUCUGUGUCGUGACAAAGAAGCAAACGUUUUUUUUAAACUGGGUUCAAACUACCAAGCCUGCCAGUAUCAUGUCUACAGUGCCAACCCCCCAUCUGUCAGGGUGCAUAGAAUGUUGCAGUAUUCAUCGCAAUCUUAUGUUCUUUCAGUCAUAUUAUAGAAACCUCACCCUUUCAUAGCAAUACACAUCCUAGUAAAGCUAUACAUGUUUGGACACAACAUCGUGAAUAUCUUCUCAAAUUGUAAAGGUAUAGGUAUGGGUAUGGGACCCAUUAUCGGGAAACGUGUUAUCCAGAAAGCUCCGAAUUACAGGAAGGCUAUCUCCUGUAGACUCCAGUUUAAUCAAAUUGUUUUUUCCUCUGUAAUAAUAAAACAGCUUGUACCCUGAUUAAGAUAUAAUUAAUCUUUAUUGGAGGCAAAACAACCCUAUCCUAUUGUUAAAUGAUUCUUUAGUAGAUUUAUGUAUGGAUAUCCAAAUAACAGAAAGAUCCCUUAUUUUGAAAACACCAGGUCCUGAGCAUUUUGGAUAACAUGUCCCAAAGCUAUAUAUACCAGCUGGUACCAAAGUGAAUUAAUGACAGCCAAACAUGCAUUAUGGGUAAUCAAUCUGAUAUGUAUGUCUGGGUGCACAUACAAGAAUUGUAUGCUUUUGGGUUUUUUUUUCCUCUUUUGUAGUAAGCUGUUCAGUGAUAUGGCCACACAAGAGGGCCAGAACUGGUUGUAAGUAGGGCAUUUAACAUGUCAUGUAUUUUCUUUAGUGUUUACAUCAAUACAUUAUCCUGCCUGGAAAUAAAGAUCUGGAAAUAAAGGCAAUGAUUGUGCAGAUUGGUGUAUGAGCUUUUUCAUAUUCAUCACUAAAGGUUUAUUUUGGACCUGUGUUUAAAAAAAAAAAAAAGUAUGGAGCUAGGGUUAUAAUAAACUGUUUCACAGUUAGUGAAGGCAAGGAAAUAAACACAUUUAAGAGAA